UACAUGCGAUGCAAACUAAUCAUAAGUUUGUUUUUUCCUUGUCAAUACCUGAAUAAAUCUCUCUGUAAAAUGCCAUGCAUUAUUUUUAUAGUUUUUUGGGUAAAAAAGAAUUAUCAGAAAGUGAAUUUUCAGCUUAAUUUUCUUUAUACAUGUCACUUAUCAUGAGAGAAAUGUCACAAGAACAUGAUAAAACACAAAAAAAAACAAAUUUCUUUGGAGUGAGUCUUUAUGAAUACAGAUACAGAGAACGUAUUGUGACUAAAUCCCUAUUUUAAAAAGUAUGCUUUUUUUUAAAUUACAACUUUAAAACCAAUAGAAUUUUUUAAGAAUUGUCUUAUAGUGUGAUGGAGUUUUAGGACCACUUUACAAGCAAAAAAAAAAAAAACUGCAGCUUUAAAGUCCUAAAUUUACAAGAAAAAAUCAUAAAUUUACAAGAUUUAAAGUUGUAAAUGUAACUAAUUAAGCGUUUUAUCCAUACACCACUAGGUGGAGCCCUUGCAGCAUUCAAAGAGAGCUCAUCAUCACAACCUCUUCCUCCAGACUCACAGCAUCUUUUACUGAUAACUUCUGCCCUGAACUACCACUAUCCUGCAGAAAACCCAAGAGGCGAGAACAAGAUUCUGUAUUAGAGCUGAGUGCCUGAUCUCAUCAUCAGCCAAGUUCUCCUUCCUGCACAUGAAAUACUUGUUCUUCUCUUGGCUGGCGUUGUUUGUGGGAAGCUGGAUCAUGUACGUGGAGUACUCAUCCUACACAGAACUCUGUCGAGGGAAGGACUGCAGAAACUCCAUUUGUGACAAAUACAGGAAAGGCGUCAUCGGAGGCUCGGCCUGCAGCAGCCUCUGUGAGAAAGACACCCUUUAUCUGGCAAAGUGCCUCACCGCCAAAGUCAACAAUCAGGUUUACUCAGGGAAAUGGGCCGACUUGGAGGGUAUAAUAAAGUGCCAGAUGGAGGAGCCUCCUCGAGAUGGUUUGGAAGUCGAGAUGGAGCCGAGGAAGGAGGCGACUGCCUUCAACAAGCCCACCAAAGGAACUUCGGUGGAAACCUUCAGGGAGAUGAUAAAUGACCACUUUAAGGCUAAAGUUGGCGAUCAGGCCAACCUUGUGGACAUGACGACCCAAGUGUUAUCUAUUGCUGAUGCUAAUAAAGACGGCUACAUCUCACUGCCGGAGGCUCGGUCCACGUGGGCUCUGCUGCAGCUCAACGAGUUCCUGCUAGCAUUUGUCCUCCAGGGACACACACCCAAACUGCUGGGUUUCUGUGGAGACCUGUAUGUGAUGGAGAAGGUCCCACACUCCCCCUUGUAUGGGAUAAGCCUGCCUUGGAUCAUGGAGAUGUGCAUCCCAAAUAGCCUGCGCCGCAGCAUGGAUCAGUGGUUCACCCCGCCAUGGCCCCAGAAGGCCAAGAUCUCCAUCGGGCUGCUGGAAUUGGUCGAAGACAUUUUCCACGGCACAUUCGGGAGCUUCCUCAUGUGCGAUGUGAGCACGGCUUCUUUCGGCUACAACGACCGGCACGACUUCAAGGUGGUGGACGCGCGCUACAUCGUUCCCGAGGCGACGUUCCAGGAGAGAAUUCGGCAGCAGCAUUGCAACGUGGACGAGGACUGUUUGUACGGCGCCGACUGCCUCACCACCUGCGAUCUCACCAAGCAUCGCUGCACAACUGAAGUCACCAGGCCCAACUUGGCCAAGGCCUGCGAGACCCUUAAGGAUUACAUCCUGAGGGGGGCGCCGUCCGAUGUGAGUGAGGAGCUGGAGAAGCAGCUGUACGUUUGCAUAGCACUGAAGGGGUCUGCGGAUCAGAUGGAAAUGGAGCACUCGCUGGUUCUGAACAAUCUGAAGACGCUGCUGUGGAAGAAGAUCUCUCACACGAAAGAUUCUUGAGUUCCAGAAUGACUCUUCAAGAUCAACACACGUUCAACCUUCCAUCUAUAAUUUAUAUGUAUUUUGAAUUUCUUCUGCAACUUAAUCGAGGAAAAAAAAAAAAAAAUCAUGGUAGUCAAUUUUACAAAGGAAAAAUUAAAUCAGCCCCACAAACCAGAACUGUUUUGUCAGCACAACAGCUAAUCUGAUCUCAUUUGCUUGAUAAAGAAAGAACACCAGAGCACAGACUCUUCUCUGAUAUUUAUUAGAACAACUUUCAGCGUGUGUCCUGAAAGCAAACUCCUCAGUCUGCAUCCUCCUGUUCCUGAGCGCGGAGGAAGCUGGCCUUCUUCUGGGCGACGCGGUCUUUUCUCUGGGCCAGGGAGAGCUUGGCACGAUUCCACCUGACGAACCACAAGCACAAAUGAAAUGCUGGUAUUUGUUUGACAAGACAAGUCUGCUCUGUUAGUGUUAACCUGCCAGGACAUAAAGGCAUCAGAGACAAGAUGCUUAGUGCCCCCUAUUGGGAACAGAUUGUAACUGCAACAAUGACUGAUUUUUGUCAAUAAAAGUUGUACCAAACAAAGAAAAACUAGAUGAAUAUUUUGUUGGUGCACAAAAAAGGAAUACGACUGAUCAUUAAAAAGCAGUGAUUCUGACACUUUUCAAAGCAACAUUUGCCGUAGCAUCCAGCCCAACUUAUACAACAUUUUCCACAAUUAAGUCUUAAUUUAAAAGAAAAAAAA